UCCCUAAUUUAUUGUCAAUAAGAAAAGAAACCUUUGAUUAUUUAAUUCCCGUUUUCUAAUCUUUUUGGGAAAUCGGUAGCAAAAAAUGUCGUCGUCGGGGAGGAAGAUCACCCUUAAGAGCUCGGACGGCGAAUCAUUCGAGGUUGAUGAAGCGGUGGCGUUGGAGUCGCAGACGAUUAAGCAUAUGAUCGAGGACGAUUGCGCUGAUAACGGGAUACCCUUGCCUAAUGUUACGAGCAAGAUCUUAGCGAAGGUGAUCGAGUACUGCAAGAAACACGUCGAGGCUCCUAAGACAGACGAUCGAUCCGCCGAUGACGAGCUCAAGAGUUGGGACGCUGACUUUGUCAAGGUCGAUCAAGCCACUCUCUUUGAUCUCAUUCUGGCAGCGAACUAUUUGAACAUCAAGGGUUUGCUGGAUCUCACUUGCCAAACUGUUGCUGACAUGAUCAAGGGAAAGACCCCAGAAGAGAUCAGGAAGACUUUCAAUAUCAAGAAUGACUUCACCCCGGAAGAGGAAGAAGAGGUUCGUCGGGAGAACCAGUGGGCAUUCGAAUGAAGGGUCAAUUUCGAGUGCCGGUUCAAUUGUAUCAAACUUCUCUAUAUAUAAAAAUGUAGUUUGUUGCUCUGACUUUUCAUCUGUACUUUUGGAUAUUCUGUGAGCUCUUUUAAAACUCUUCAAAGUGUCAUCUUCUAUGUUCUUUGCCUGUCUUCACUAAAAACCAGUCUGUUGUAUCCAAGUAAUGUCCUUUAAUCGUGGUCUGUGAUAUGAAUGAGAAUGGUUGUCUAAA